GAGCCUGCGGGAAGGGGGUUCUGAGGCGCAUACAGCGCGUCGCGCUGGGUCCCGAUGGAAGCGGCUGCACCUUGCCUGCAGCCUGCGAAAGCCAUCAAGCCCAUAGACCGUAAGUCCGUUCAUCGGAUCUGUUCGGGACAGGUUGUGCUGAAUCUUGGCACUGCGGUGAAAGAGUUGGUGGAGAACAGUCUGGAUGCUGGAGCUACCAACAUUGAUGUAAAACUUAAAGAUUAUGGAGCAGAGGUCAUAGAGGUUUCAGAUAAUGGAAUUGGAGUGGAAGAGGAAAACUUCGAAGGCUUGACUCUGAAACAUUAUACAUCAAAGAUACAAGAUUUUUCUGAUCUAAUACAUGUUGAAACAUUUGGAUUUCGAGGUGAAGCUCUGAGUUCACUGUGUGCAUUGAGUGAUGUUACCAUUUCUACCUGUCACAAGUCUGCAAAGGUUGGGACUCGUUUGGUGUUUGAUCACAAUGGUAAAAUUACUCAGCAAACUCCUGUUCCACGACCGCAAGGAACAACUGUUAACAUACAGCAGUUAUUUUACACUUUGCCAGUGCGGCAUAAGGAAUUUCAAAGAAACAUUAAAAAGGUAGGGAAUACGCAAAAAUGGUCCAGGUACUGCAGGCAUACUGUAUUGUUUCAAGGAGUGCGGAUUAACUGCACUAAUCAAGUUGGCCAAGGGAAAAAAAGCGCUGUGGUAUCAACUACUGGAAGUUCUAGUUUAAAGGAAAACAUUGGAGCAGUAUUUGGGCAAAAACAGUUGCAAAGUCUCAUUCCCUUUGUUCAACUACCUCCUAGCGAAGCUGUUUGUGAAGAGUAUGGACUCAACGCUACUGGCAUGCCCCAGACUCUUUAUAGAAUUGCAGGCUUCAUUUCUCGUUGUGAUCAUGGUGUUGGAAGGAGCGCAACAGACAGACAGUUCUUCUUUAUCAACCAACGUCCAUGUGAUCCAGCAAAGGUUGUCAAGCUUGUGAAUGAAGUUUAUCAUUCAUACAAUAAACACCAGUAUCCAUUUGUUGCCCUUAACAUUUGUGUAGAUUCCGAGUGUAUUGACAUCAAUGUAACUCCAGACAAAAGGCAAAUCUUACUUCAAGAGGAAAAGCUAUUAUUAGCUAUUUUAAAAACUUCUUUGAUGGAGAUGUUUGGUAGUGAUGUUAACAAACUCAAUGUCAAUCAGCAGCUUCUGGAUGUUGCAGGAAAUUUGAAGAAGACGCUUGCUGAAGAGACAGAAAAGCCUCAGGUACAAAUGCUGCCUGACUCUGAGACUGAAAAGCCAAGUUGUGAAGGAAAAAAAAUAAUGACUCUUGCCAGAUUAAGAGAGUCGUUCUCUCUGCAUCAAACACCAGAGAGUCAUUUCCAAAGCCCUAAAAAGGUAAAACGGCAGCACAGCUCCUCUAGACAAGCAUCACUUGAUACCAUUUUGAGUCCUGUAAGGACUCAAAAGGCUAUCUCGACAGAGGAGUCUGAGAAUUGUCAUAAGAUGGACUCAAAGAUGUCAGUUCCAAGCAGGUGCUUGAGAAAAUUAGAAGACAGUGGAGAUUCUGGAUUCUGUAGCACAAGUGAGUCAGAUGCCGGAUGCAGUACACCAGAAACUGGGAGCUGUGUCAACAGUGAAAGUGUAAUUAAUCCUGAAGAAGAAUUCUGGAGUUCAGAACCACCACCUCAAAAUGAGUGUCUGAAAACUGGAUGUGGUGAGAAAUCACUGGAAUGUGAUGUUCCAGUCUUGGGUGCUGACCCUAAGUUAAAUCAAGUGAAUGACUGGACUAAUCCAAAUACGUUAUCUCGAGAAGCCAAGAGUAAAGCCAAGAGUUCUCCCCCAAGAGUAAAAUGUUUUAAAAGCAAGAUCUUGAAAAGUGAAGCAGGUAAAUGUCCCGAAGUGAAGAAUACUAGGAACUGUGUGCCCAAUGUUGAUGUACUAGUGGAAGUUAAAAAGAAAACUGUGCCACUUGAAUUCUCCAUGAAGGUUUUAGCAGAAAAAGUAAAAAAAGUAAUACAGCAACAACGGAAAAGUACAGAAACACAAAAUUACAGAAGAUUCAAAGCAAAAAUUAGUCCUGGAGAAAACAAAGUAGCAGAAGAUGAAUUAAGAAAAGAGAUCAGUAAAGAAAUGUUUGCAAAAAUGGAUCAUUGGCCAAUUCAAUUUAGGGUUUAUAAUAGCAAAGUUGAAUCUGAUCUUUUCAUAAUUGACCAGCAUGCUACAGAUGAGAAGUACAACUUCGAGAUGUUACAACAACACACCGUUCUUCAAGGUCAGAAGCUGAUAGCGCCUCAAAAUCUCAAUUUAACAGCUGUAAAUGAAACUGUAUUGAUUGAGAACCUGGAAAUAUUCAGAAAAAAUGGGUUUGAUUUUGUCAUAAACGAAAAUGCUCCUGUAACUCAGAGAGUUAAAUUAAUAUCAUUGCCAACAAGCAAAAACUGGACUUUUGGUCCACAAGACAUAGAUGAGCUGAUCUUCAUGUUAAGUGACUGCCCUGGAGUCAUGUGUAGGCCCUCCCGGGUCAGACAGAUGUUUGCUUCUCGAGCUUGCAGAAAAUCUGUGAUGAUUGGAACUGCACUGAAUAUGCAGGAAAUGAGAAAACUGAUCACCCAUAUGGGUGAGAUUGAACAUCCCUGGAACUGUCCCCAUGGAAGGCCUACUAUGAGACACAUAGUCAGUUUAGACUUGAUUUCACCAGAAUAACAUUGUUCCCAUCCGUACUCCAAACGUUUUUGUUCAGCUGAUGGGGAAUGGGAAAAAGCUGUCUCACCAGAUGCUGCUCACUCAGGUCAGUCCAAAUUCUGAGC